GAAAAUGAAAAAUUCUCUUUUAUGUGUUUUAGGGUUAAAUUUUUGGCUUUUUGCAACCUGUUGCAUUUUAAGCUAGCGCUACCAUGCUACCAAGUGUAUCCUAGCAACGCGUGCAAAGGAUGUGUUGUAAACAACAAUUUUUCAAGCCACAACAAAUCAGUAAGAGCUCCGAAGUAAAUGGUUGAAGAAAUUUGUGCAGGCGAAAACUUGCGAACUUAAUUAGAAAUAAAGUCCGAAAUAUCCACCACUGAUUUAAAAUAAAUACAAUGUCGUUCAAGGAUGUGCGCGAUCUCGCUGAGCACCUCAAGCUACUUGGCUAUCCUCAUGUGUUCCCCCUGCAGGCAAUCGCCAACAAUUUCGGAAGCCUCGCCUCAUUUCACGUCGUCGCCGAGGUAUUGCAAUGGCUCGCGAGUCUGCUUGAUCCCGGUGCUGUGCUAGCUGGCAGCGUAGACACCGAGAACGACCGCGUGCUACUCAUACGCUCUGCCACGGAGUUUUUCGUAACCAAGUCAGCCAUCAAGUUGAAUCCGCGCAAACUAUAUGCCUCCUCCGCAGUUACUGCGGCAGAGCUGCAGAAGAUCACGCGUAUGUUGAUAGCCCCACGACAGUCGGCUGAAGACAAGGAUGAAGAGGAGAACUACCGCAGUCUCAAUCAGGUUGACAUCGGCGAUAAAAUGGAUGAUCUGCGACGCGCACGCGAACUCUCUGCAGACUUAACGCAACGCGGUGCAGCGCUACACGAGCUGCUCGCCAAAGAGAUGCUGCAUAGAGAAGCGCGCUUGGCGCAGGCCAAUCGUCCGAUGGAAUUGUCUUCAGCUGAGCGUACGCUGAAGAAUGCCAUUGCAGCCGCACAGCUGAAACUGCAGUCCAGUCGUGCACAGUUGGAGAAUGCACGCGUCGAAAUGAACGCGCUAUCUUCGAAGCUGCAGCGCAAACGCGCCGAGAUGGAACGCACUAAACAGCGCUUAGAAGCAUUGCAGAAAAUACGACCUGCACACAUGCAGGAGUUCGAAGAUUGUGAGAAGGAACUGCAGGCAUUGUUCCAAAAAUAUUUUCUGCGUCUGCACGUGCGCGAUGCCCUGCGUGCACAGUACGAGGCACGCACCAAGCGUAGCACCCCUGUGGCCUCGCCGCUAUUGCAAAAGCCGCAAGAAUCAUCUAUGCCCUUUAUACCAGAGGGUCUGAUAGAGGACGAUGAUGAUAAUAAUGGCGAAGAGGAACUUGAUGGCAGCGGUGUACUGCGCCGCGGCAAUUUUGGACUUGAUGCUGAGAUUCCGGACAUCCGAGAUGAGGAUAUGAUGUUGCGCAAUAGAAAAUCUUAUAACGAGUUUAUGGAUGAGACGACGCGACGCAUGAGUAAGCGACCAGGGACGGCGACUUCCCGAAAUGGUCGUCCGAUAACAGGACGUGCGCGCCGACCGACAGGCAUCACACACGGUGAUCGCGCCACAGCUGAUGAUGUAAGCAUGGCUGACGUCGGUCCAAUGGGGAGCACGCUGAGCAAUCGUGCCACUUUGGGUGGUGAAGAUGACGAUGAUGAGAGCUCUUUCGGAAGUUCAGAUAGUGAGUUGGGCAUGGGUGGUCUACUCAACAUGGGCCGCGGACCGCCUACAAGCGGUCUUUUGAGCAACCUGAACGCCGAAUUGGGCGGCUUUGUCGACGAUGAUUUUGAUCUCAAUUCGAUGGACGAUAUAAGCAUCUCGAAGAUCACUGGAGAGCUACCAAUGCGUCCAAAGACGGCAAGCAAGCCCGAACACCACAGUGAUGAAGACUUCUAGAGUGUUGCAAAUGUCGGCGUGCAGUCUGCAGCGAUACAUUUUUAGGGAUCAAUAGUCUGGAGAUUUUACAGACGACUUCUUGAUGUUUUUCUAAUAGGUAUACAUGCAUACAUUUAUUUUUAUAUCAAUAUUUGAAACCUACAUUUAUUGUAUAACAUACAAAAUGUGCGACUUGCCUGCGCGCAUAGCUACAUCGUCGAAUAAACUAAAUAAUAAGUUUAUAAUAUAAAGUUAUUUACAAUAGCAAAUAUGAAAUAAGACAUACAUAUAAUACAGUUAUAUAGUUAAGUAUGUAUUGUUGUUCAUUUAACGGUUCCCCGGAUCAAUGCAGUACAAUCCGCCAGAAUGACUUGACUCGACUCCAAAAAACACACCGCUCAAUUCUUCACCAGCUCAACUUGCCACACGACUACAUCACCACAUCGCGGCAAACAAUUUUCGUUUUGGACGAUGAGCGCGAACGCUGCUUGCCAUAUGUUUCGCUGGCCGUCGUCGACGAAGACGAGUAGUCCACGUGACUACCUGGCUGGCUGUUGGUCUGCUCUUGGCGCGCCAGGAAAUUGUCUGCUAUGUCGCGAUCAAGCCCUGUAUACUGAAAAGCUUCAUUAUCGAUGACAUCCGCUUCAGACUUGCGUCGCUGACGACGGUUGGCAUCCAUUUUACCCGAACGUAAUGGUGGUGGACCUGGGCGUCGGCGUCGGUUUGGUGGUCCUGCAGAUUUGCUGCUCUUUUGUGUACGAUAUGUACCACUGGGUGCAGAGCCUGUGGGUGCGUAAACCACUGAGCCUGGACGCAUGUAAGGCAGCGUGUAGGCCAUGGGCGGGCGAUAAGGAAUGCCAGGUACAACCAUGGCACCCGGCAUUGGUGGCACAGGUGGGGGUGUGGCCAACAUCUGGAAAAUAGAAAUAAAAGUUAGAUUUUAUAACUCGCGUAAAUGUAACACAAUUGCUAAAGCAAAUUCAGAACUUAAAAAAUGUAGCUUAAUAUUAGCUUACGGUCGUGCUACCAGCCGGGAUCAACAUGAUCGGACGAUUACCGCCCGUUUGUGUCAAGUUACGUGAGCUGCCCAUCUGUGCUGCAUACAUCCACAUGGCUGCCAAUUUUUCGGCGUUUUCCUAACAUUUAAUUUUUUUUUUUGUUAUUUUUAUUAUUCUAAAAACAAAUUUGUUAUGGUAUAAAAAAUAUCCCAUUUACCUUUUCACUACCAGUUAGGGACAUAGCUUUAAUAUAUUGGUCCACCUUUUCUUGAUCCAAUGCAACUCCGCCGGUUUUGGAAUUAAUAAUAACAUCUCGCAAAUCUGUACUUUCAUUUCUGAAACACACAAACAAAUAAAAUAUAUAAGAAAUGUUAUAAACAAUUUUUAAAAAUAAAUUCAAUAUUUAAUAAUCUUUUUUCAUUUAAAACAAAGAAAAUUUACUAGUGUAACUGCCAAAAAUAUUAAAUUUUUGGCAACUACUGCACAAAUGUUUCAAAAAUCUUUACGAUAUAAGUAUUUUUACAAUAUUAAUGAAUAUACACAAAAUAUUUUUAAAAAUAUACAUACAUAUAUACAUGCAUAUAUUAUUAUUAAGCCAAUUGAAAAAUGUAGUUUGAGCAAAAAGCGUUUAAAGAUAAAGAAAGACAAUAAGACUAUGUUGACUAGGAAGAAGAAAGCUGUAACUCAAAAAAUAUUUCAUUUAAAAUUUUAAUAUACCCCAAACAUUAAAAAAAUACCAAUUUGCUGAUUAGUAAAUUAUCUGUGCAAAUCAUAUAAAGCUAUUAACGACCUGUUUUAUUUGCUUAUAUUUAAGAAUUUGACUUCCGCUGUUGUCGAUAAUAAUCGAUAUCUAACAUUAACCAUUUUAUUAACUUUGAUUGGAGUGUCAUGUUUAUAUGUAUCAAAUAAAAUAAUAGAAAAUAUAUAUGAAUUUUUAGAAAAAUUAUUUAAGUGCAGAACCAAAUUCCCAGUUCAAAACGAAUGCAGCUUUUGCUAUAAUAGCAUUUUUGCGAAGCUUUUAGAAGUUUGGCGAUAAAGCUCUACAUUUGACAUUUCAUUUAGCGAUUGCAGUUUGACGUUUCCCAUUGUCUACGAAAAAUAAAAAAGU